CUCUAUUCUCCCUGGACUACGUUUCUCCGCAAAUCGCGUCUUCUUCUUACACCAUGGACAACUGUAUUGUUCAGACUACAUUCACAAGUGGAAAUAUCAUGGGAUACACAACCGGGCGGGCUGAGACAAACAGAAGUCGGUCUCUUCACUUGUGGCGACCCUGGACUGUCGCAGCCCAAAAGAAACCGAGGACCGUUUCAUAUAAGCCCUACGCGAAGACUGAUAAACAUUCAAAAUGUGACCGGACUUCACAUCCCGUAAAGUUGUUUUGGCCUAAAUCCAAAUGCUACGACUAUCUUUACCAAGACGCGGAAACGCUUCUGCGGAAUUACCCGGUCCAGGCCACAAUCUGCUUCUACGAAGAUUCAUCUAGCGACGAUGACAGCGAUUCGGAGGACGAAAAGGACUUGAAUUAAGAACUCAUACUUCCUUACCUGGAUUAAUUGUACAUAUGCCUAUAUUUAUAAAUGUGCUGUGAUACCAAAUACUGAACUAAUAUAUUUGCUGCUAAUUUAUUUUGUAAAUAUUACAUUGUGUCGUUUCAGUUUGACCAAACGCCAAUGAACAUUAAGAUAAACUUGGUGUAACCGAAAUGCACAUAAUCAAAACCUGAGAAUAUAUUUUUGUGCGCAUGUAUUUGUAAAUUGUUCUAAUAUUGUUGAAAUCUA